GUUAGUUAUGAUUUACACGUAGCUUCGGUCUCUUGGUUGUAAACGUAUGUAAGUACGAGUACGAGGUACAUCAUUAAGCAACGUCAAAGUAAGACCAACAUAAUUUUAUAAUUAUGUAUUUAUCGUAGGGUAUGAGUAUGCACCUUGAGAAAAAUAGUUUCUUAAUAGGCCCACUAUUUUAUUAAAUUGAAAUUCAAUGAAUUGAUUGAAUACCCGUCGACGGUCGAUGAUGAAGAAUGAAGAGAACACACUUCUUAUAAAUUUCAUUUCACACCGCCCUGUGCCUGUAGUCACUGUAGUUUUAGUGUAGACAAUUCUGUGUAGUAUUGAAGUAGUUAUUAGUAGUAGAGCCCCCCCCCCCCGAAGCUAUAGCCGACAUGUCUGCCCCAUUUGGCAUGUGCCAUGACCCCCAGAUGCUAUUUGGGGUCUACAUUAGACAUUAGAAAGAGCACCCCUGCAUGGUACUUACCAAGUGCAGUUGAAAAUAGUGCCAGAACUUAAUUCUUCAGUUUAACUAAAUAAACUAUCACAGUUUAUGGAAUAAAAGAUACCAUUUGCGCAACUAUUCAUGGAAGCAUUCUGUCUACCAUCCGUCCAUCGAUCCAUCCCUCCCUCUACAUAUCUAUCUAUCGAUCAAUCUAUCUAUCUUCUAUAUCAUCUAUCUGUCUGUCUUUCAGUCUGUCAGUCCGUUUGUCUGUCGGUUGGUCUGUUUGUCUAUCAUCUUCAUAUAUCAUCUAUCUAUUACAGUGGUUCUUAACCUGAUCGAUCGAACCCCAAGGGUUCGGUGAGCCAGCUCCAGGGUUUCGGCGGAGGUCCAAAAAAAAAUCAUAUUUUAUUUUUCCUAUUAUGAAGGGUUUGAUGAAUGCGCAUAUGAAACUGGUGGGAUUCAGUACCUCCAAAAAGGUUAAGAACCACUGAUCUAUCAUCUAUCUACCUGUCUAUCUAUCAUCUAUCUAUCUAUCAUCUAAGAAAGUCUUAACCCAUUGCUAUUUUGAAAAUUAAAUUUUCGCUUGUGUAAAAUAAAUGGGUUUUGAUAUUCAUGGGUAUAAUUGUGUAAAUGUACUUAUGUUUUGUUAACAUCAUUGAUUUUCUUAAUUGGCAAAAUAAGAAUAAAUCAUUUAUUUUUUACAACUGUAACAUCAUUGGAUUUAAAGAAAUUGCCAUCCACGUAAAAUUGUAAACACCCUGUUUUAUAACCCUUGUAUAAAUGUACCUAAGAAGGUUAGUUAUGUGUCAAAUUCAUUCUAAGGCGUAUGGUGUGCUGCCUUGGGCAAAUGAAACUAUCUUAUUUACCCCCCCCCCCUUAAAACAAAGUUUUAAGGUAAUUUAUAACAUCAUCAACAUGAUUUUAACCCCCUUACCUAUGCAAAAGCAAUUUUUUACAUUUCUCAUGCUUUGUUCUUAUUUGGAUGAGUGAUAAGUGCAUUAGUUAAUGCUAUUUGGAUGUGUAGUUUCGCUGCACUGAUUGCAUUAAACGGCAUUUGUGCAUUAAAAGUAUAUUUAAAAGGUACUUUUUCACUACUAUAUAAAUUUCAUAAAAGUAUAUUUUUUGAAAGAAUAAAAGUAAAAACUUAUUUAAUGUUAAAAAUACAAAGCUAAAGUUGUAUUUAAUUUUAGCAAAUUUUAGAAAUUUCAAAAGCGAUCUAUUAAAUGCAUUAAUUUUACUUUUAAGAAGGGGAAAAUACAUUAUCAGUUUUGUCACCCAAGGUAAUAAAAUAAAAAAUAUAAAACAGGCAAUCAUGCUAUGAUGUCAUUUGCUUAAUUAUUUAGAUCAAAUUAAUUUUAUUUUUAUUUUGUAAUAUUAACAACGCACUAAAAUACGCACUAAGAAUAACAGAAGUUUGGGUUUACCCGAUAAAUGUGAUUAAGAUGCAAUUCUUAGAUCAUAAUAUUUUGAUUAAUAAUUGUUUUCAUGACUUUUACAUUUGGAUAAAAUGCUUAAAAUAAUUCCUUAGUUGUUACUUUAAAUACAUUUGUAAUUUAAAAUAUUUACAAUUUUUGCUAAAAUAAAAGUGGAAAUUUAAUAUUUUGCGCAUGUAAAUUUAUUCGAUUUCCGUAAAAUAAUAGAAAAUAAAUAUGAUUGUUUUUGAGAAUCCGAACGUAUCAAAAUAUAUUCGGGUUUUUAACGUUAUGUCAGUACAGCUCAUUCUCAUAUAUAUAUUUUAAAAAUAAUUUUAAGCUUUUUAUUCUUACUGCAGUAGUGUGUAACGGUUGCACAUAAACAUGUGGUUGACGUGAGGUGAGCCGAUUAUAGUAUUAGGGAGACACUGACAUUACGUUAAGGUCGUUUAGGCUAAGGGUUCAGGCUAGGCAUAGAGAUAAAUUUUUAGGAAACAGUAUAUACUAAAUUUGAAAACCUUUUAAUUUUCAAGUUUUUUAAAUUUCAAAUUUAUUAAAUUUUUAUCAAAAGUUCUUUAAUAUCAUCAUUUUUAUGCAUGGUGAGAUUCAUAACAUAUCAUUUUUUAAAAUGUUUUUGUUAAUAAAUAAACCCAUGCUUAUCACUUUUUAAUUAUUUCUAUUUGAAGUAUUUGUCUUGGUAAGUAGCUAAAUAGUGCUGCUCCCCCCUUGUGCCAUAAUUUAAAAUUUAGUCGAGCAACAAGACCAAACAUACCGGGUGCUAGCUUAAAGGUAGGGUAAGGACUAGCAUAUAAUAUUUGAUUCUGAACUGUCUCCAUGUGCCACAAAAAACACAGCUAAACAAGUUUAAGAUUUUACCAUGCCUACACAAAACUUGGAAUUCGUCAUUGUCAUAAACAAAUACAUCUUGAGUUGGCUAAACGACUGUAUUGCACUAGUACUUGCCAGGCUUUAAAUGAAGAAUUUUUAGAUUUAUCACACUAAAUAUAACCACCAAGCUCUAAUAUUGAUUUUAUUUUUAAAGAAUCUAACUCUCAGACGGGCGGAUUAAUUAUCUAGUAAAAAUUAAAUUGAAUCAGUUAAAUUGAACUGGUUGUAGCUGAGGCUAAACCAUAAAGUUGGUAAGCUAGUAUACUGUGCUGAGUCAAGUACAUCCAAAGCAAUGUAUUUUAUGAAAAAGGGCAUAGGAAAUCAGUUAUUCUAUUAAAAAGAUGAGAAAGUAGACUCCACUGCAUACUUUAAAUAUAUUUAUAUUAUAAAAUUAAUAGCACCGUAGGCCCUUGUACAUUGUGAUUUCAUUUUGAACGUAACGUCUGAAAAUGUUGUGUCAGUACCAUAUAUUACUGCAUAUAAUACCAGAAACUUGGAGUAAAAAAGUGCUAUUUAAAUAAAUGGAUACACUGGUCACUGGUACCGAUAAGCAAUUAAAAUAAAUAAUACUGCAUUGUUAAACUUCGCCACAAGAAAAAUAUAUGAAUGAUACCCCAUUGGGUGUGACAGAUUUAUUCUAACUCUAACAAAAUUACUUCUUUCUUAAAUGGAAAAAUCACAACUUUUAUAUAAAAAUAUUUUAAAUAUCUGAUUUUUAUCAAAUUUAGUGUUUUAUAUCAAGGAGUUGUAAUUUUAUAAAAAACUGGACUUCAUUGGGGAAUUUGAUUGCAAGUUAGAUGUCAUUUAUGUUAAUUCAUCUGUAAAUGAAAAGUGGAUUGAAUUUAAAUCAAGCAAAUUCAAUGUCCGUCUUGACAAAGUUAUUGAGUUAUCAGUUUUAUAACCCUAUGUUUUAAUGAUCUGGGGGGAAAACUAAUGUUAUGAAACAAGAUCAACAGAUUGUAUAAUAACAUUGGCAUAGCAUUUUAGGGCUUUUUUCAAAUAAAAUGUUAAGAGUUCUCAUAAUAUGUGGAUUCUGUUAUAUGUUGUAAGAAACGGUAGACCUAGGUCUAAGUUGCUUAGAUUAAACCUUAAAUGGUAAACAUUAUUAUUAUUGGGCAUAUGUGUACAUGUUCAAUAGUUUUAAAUUAUGACUUAUUUAGCAUUUGGGUUGCUCUUCUGAUUGUGUGUGUUACAAGUCACAAGGGAACAAAGAUUAUAUAGAUCCCUUUUGGCUUUAUAGAGGGUCAUUUCAGAGUCCCAAAGUGGGGAAUGAAAAUGAGAGAAGGUAAUGCAUGAAUGGGGACCGAUUUUCAAAGUACUAUAAAAAGUAUGACAUAUAAUGUUUUUACCAUUUUGAACAAAAUUGCACCUCAUUCUUCCCAUCAAUUUUUUUUCUCCCCAGUUCAAAAAUGAUCACUGACGUUCAAUUAGCAAUCUUCGCCAAUGGUCUAGGUGUUCUUCUGUUCCUUCUAGUAGUUUUAUAUCACUAUGUCUCAGUUAAUAAUGUGAAAAAAGUGGACUGAGACCUACACACAUGUCAUUCCUCAUGUUUUGUAAGUACUAUUGUUACUACCAAUAAUAUUACUAUUACCAUAAACUACCAUGUAUAGUUUGUAAAUUUAAUAGACUUGCAUUGAUUUUACAGCUUGUGAAGCAAAUGAAAGCUCUAAUUUACAGAAGUUGUAAAAUAAGCCCCCCUAAAUUCAUAGUUUCAUUUUAUAAUCUGUUAAAUAAAAUGGGACUUUGUGGCAGGCUAUCUUGUGUACUCAGCUUUGUUUACAGCAAUUUAAUAAAAAAGAAAAUAUGUACAUUAAUGCACAAAUUCUGCUAUAAUUAUUCUGUCUCUAAUAUCUCCAAUAAAGCCAACUGUCACCUAAAAAUCUGUGAAAUCCUGAUUUCUAAUUAUUUUUAAAAAAUGCUGUACUAUAAAAAUUCACCAUACGAUUUUGUAAUUAUUUUCUUAGGUCUUAAGAUAUGUAUUUGAAUGGUAGGAUAAAAAUGACAAUAAUUGCAAAAAUAUUUGUAACAAAAAAAGAUGGUUAACUUUAUAAAAUAUUAUGUUUUAAUUUUAACAUUACAAUUACACUGAUAAUUUCUUUGACCUGAGUUUCAGACAUCAGACAGAAAAUUAAGACCCAACAAUGAUGAAAAGAUAGAUAAUUAGGAAAUUUUGAACAUAUAGACUCAGAAAAUGUACCCAAGCUGAGCAAAAUACAGCGUAUGGUGAAUAUGGUGUAACUAUAGUUAGUGAUGCCAGGGUUGAGCCAACCCUUUGCUGCCCUUUUCCACAUAACAAAACUCUGUAGUUGGCCAAAAAUGAAGCCACUCAAAUAAAGCAAAAAGUUUGGCCUAGGGCAAACCGCCGGGUCCUCACCCCCCUUCCUAUGCCACUGAUGGUGACCAUGAAGUUCAGUCUUGUAAAUAAAUCACAAACUGAUAUCCAAAUGUCAUUAUUAUGAUGGUUUGGAUGUAUUCUCCUAAAUGUUGAGAGGGACUAGGAAACCAGAGAACGUUAUAUUGAAUACCUUUUGUGUAUGAGACAAAGUUUUGCAAUAAAUUGCUUUGUUUACAUUUUGUUUGUACUUAUUUAAAUUAAUUCACAGUUAAAAUUUAAAUUGUUCACAUCCGUUUGUAAUUUUUUUCUUGUUUGAUUUAGCAGAUUUAUUUCUCUUUUUUUGCAUUAAUUAAAAUCUGCUUUUUUUCAUCAGGUCUCUCACCAACUGCCACAACUGUGACUGAAAAGAUGUUGCCUGUAGUUAAAUUAAAAUAAAUGUCAAGUUUGGGUCUUUCCCAGUAUGUUUGAUCAUCUUAAAAUUAUGUGUAAAUCUUGUAAGUGUGAUGCUGAACUGUUGUGUACUAUUUUUCUAAUGCACAUUGUUGACAGAUGAAUGAAGUGGAAAGGCCAUACAAUUUUGCUAACUUAAAAAUCCUGAAUGUAACAAUGACAACAAUUAUUUGAAACAAAAUUUAUUUUUAAGGUGAGGCUAGUCUUCUGUUAGUUGUUAUAUCAUCAGUGUUCAUAAAUGGGUUCCUGUUCACUCUAAAGAGUGUUACAAAGCUAUAACUUUAAUGUAAUUGUAUGUGUGAGAAUUUAAGAAUUCAUGUCAGUUAAAUUUGAACAGCCUUUAUUAUAUUUGUUAAUCAUUUGGAUAAAAUUAACCUUUUGAUAUUUGAAAAUUUAGUUAUUGAAAAGUGUCUUCUAUUUUUUUUUUUUUUUAAAAGGACAUAGUUACCCUGUACUGAAAAUUUAGCUUACAAGAUUCAGAUUGUUUUACAACUUUUAGUACAAGGAAAUGGGUCUAUUUAAUUUAUAUUGAGUUAAAUUUGAACAGCCUUUAUUAUAUUUGUUAAUCAUUUGGAUAAAAUUAACCUUUUGAUAUUUGAAAAUUUAGUUAUUGAAAAGUGUCUUCUAUUUUUUUUUUUUUUUUAAAAGGACAUAGUUACCCUGUACUGAAAAUUUAGCUUACAAGAUUCAGAGUGUUUUACAACUUUUAGUACAAGGAAAUGGGUCUAUUUAAUUUAUAUUGAAAGCAGGUUUAAGUUAAACAUGUAAUAUUUCAAAGUUGUGUGAUAUAAGAAUGAUUUUAAAAAUGAAAUAAAAUUAUACAAUAUCUGUCUUCAUCUAUAGAAGUUACAGGAACACAUGUUUACAUGGAUUUUUUUAUUUAUAUAAUGAUCUAUCAGUCUAAUAUAAAGUUCCAUUGAGACCAAUGUUUUGUCUUGUUUUUUUUUUUUAAAUAAAAAUAUGAGAUUUGAAAUUUAAAAUAAAAUUAGUUUAAUAAUCAUUUAACUUAAGAUUUGUUGAAAUGCUCAUUCUGUAUUUGUGACAGCAAACAUAAAAAUAAACCAGCUCUUUAAUCUCCAUGAAUUAUAAUUGAUAUCUUGUAUGAAUCUUAACAAUGUUUACCAUAAUCAUCUAUGCUUAAAAAUAAAUGCAUUCACCACACAA